AUGUUGUCCCGUGCCAUCCAACGAGGCUCUUUGAGACGCCUCUAUAACCCUCGUUUUAGGUCAAUUACAGUGCUAUCGUUGAAUAAAUCGACUACACCUUCACAAUCGUUUUAUCACACACUCUCUGGUACUAAAAUCGCCAAAAGCAUCAGAGAUGACGCUCUCAUAAAGAUUGAACAGAUUCGGACCCAAAUUCCCACUUUCAAGCCCACUUUGAAGAUUUUUCAAAUCGGUGCUAGACCUGACUCUACUGCAUAUGUCCGCAUGAAGUUAAAAGCGUCCAAAGAAAGCGGAGUGCAUUGUGACGUCGAAAAGCUGCCAGAGAACAUUUCAGAGGCAGAAGUGCUCAAUAAGAUCGAAGCUGUCAACCAGGACGACUCAGUUCAUGGUCUUUUGAUCCAGCUACCGUUACCUAAACAUUUAGACGAAACUAAAAUCACUAAUUCCGUUGUCCCUUCCAAGGACGUGGACGGUUUCCAUCGUUACAACGCUGGAGAGCUGGCCAAAAAGGGAGGUGAGCCUUUGUUCAUUCCAUGCACCCCAAACGGAUGUAUCAGGCUAUUGAAAGAGGCUGGCCUUGAUAUCCGAGGCAAAAAUGCUGUGGUAUUGGGCCGUUCUGACAUUGUCGGUACUCCUGUUUCGUCAUUGUUGAGAAACUUGGAUGCCACCGUCACUGUUUGUCACAGUAGCACUACCAACCUGCCUGGAAUCCUUUCACAGGCGGAUAUUGUGGUAGCUGCUUUGGGCAGAGCCAACUACGUCAAAGGAGAAUGGCUCAAGGAUGGUGCUGUUGUCAUCGAUGUCGGCAUCAACUAUAUUCCAGACUCAUCUAAAAAAUCGGGUCAAAAAUUGGUCGGUGACGUUGAAUUUGAAUCUGCCAAGGACAAAGCGUCUUUCAUCACACCUGUCCCCGGUGGGGUUGGCCCAAUGACUGUCGCAAUGCUAGUCCAGAAUGUACUACUAGCGGCUGAAAGACAACUUGCAGAGGCUAAUAAGAUGCCCGCCAUUUCGCCUCUGCCACUAAAACUUCUCAACCCUGUGCCCUCCGAUAUCGCCAUUUCAAGGGCGCAAACACCUAAACCAAUUAGCACAGUAGCUGCAGAGCUCGGAAUCCACUCCAACGAGCUUGAACUUUUUGGCCAUUACAAGGCUAAGGUCUCUCCAUCGAUUAUCAACCGCUUGGAAGAUCGUGAAAAUGGUAAAUAUGUCUUGGUCGCUGGUAUCACCCCAACACCGCUAGGAGAAGGUAAGUCUACUACAACAAUGGGUAUAGUGCAGGCGCUGACAGCUCACUUGGGGAAGGCCUCGGUUGCUAACGUGCGUCAGCCGUCAAUGGGCCCCACGUUUGGUGUAAAAGGCGGUGCUGCCGGUGGUGGGUAUGCCCAAGUUAUUCCAAUGGACGAGUUCAAUAUGCAUCUCACAGGUGACAUCCAUGCCAUCUCUGCAGCUAAUAACCUGCUAGCUGCUGCCAUCGAUACACGUAUGUUUCAUGAGUCCACUCAGAAGAAGGAUGGCACAUUUUACAACAGACUUGUGCCCAAAAAAAAAGGCACCCGUACUUUCACGAAGUCUAUGCUGAAGCGCCUGGAAAAGCUUGGUAUCUCACACACCAAUCCUGAUGACCUAACAGCGGAUGAGAUCAACAAGUUUGCUCGUUUGAAUAUCGACCCUGAAACUAUUACAAUCAAGAGAGUUGUCGAUGUUAAUGACCGUAUGCUACGUCAGGUCACAGUGGGCCAAGCAGCAACUGAAAAAGGGUUCACAAGGUCCACUGGUUUUGAUAUCACAGUUGCGUCUGAACUUAUGGCUAUCCUUGCCCUGUCGAGAGACUUGAAAGACAUGAGGCGUAGAGUUGGUAACAUGGUCGUUGCUGCGAACAAAUCCGGUGAGCCAAUUACAGCCGAAGAUGUGGACUGUGCGGGUGCAGUUACUGCUUUGUUGAAAGAUGCUAUCAAACCAAAUCUGAUGCAGUCUUUGGAGGGUACCCCGGUCAUGGUGCACGCGGGCCCAUUUGCAAAUAUCUCGAUUGGUGCAUCCUCUGUUAUAGCCGAUAGAGUUGCACUAAAAUUGAUGGGUAAACCCAAGAAUAGUGGAUCUGACGUCGAAAGUGGAUACGUCGUCACCGAGGCAGGUUUCGAUUUUACUAUGGGUGGUGAGCGUUUCUUCAACAUCAAAUGUCGCUCUUCUGGGCUUACCCCAGACACAGUCGUGUUAGUUGCGACCGUGAGAGCUUUGAAACUACAUGGUGGUGCGCCAGAUGUCAAACCCGGACAGUCUCUGCCUGUCGAGUACACUGAAGAAAAUGUUGACCUCGUUGCUAAGGGUGUAGCAAACUUGUGCAAACAAAUCUCUAACGCCAAGCAGUUUGGAGUCCCUGUUGUUGUCGCUAUCAACAAGUUCGAGUCCGACACAGAUGCCGAGGUUGAAGCAAUCCGUAAAGCAGCCAAAGAAGCUGGCGCGUACGACGCAGUCGCCACCACCCAUUGGGCUGAGGGUGGUCAAGGUGCCGUUGAACUCGCGAAAGCUGUUGUUCAGGCCAGCAAAGAGCGCGCCGAUUUUAAAUUUCUCUACGACACUGAUCAAUCAGUCGAACAAAAGUUGACUACAAUUGUUCAGAAGAUGUACGGGGGUGCUGAGGUCGAGAUUUCUCCCCUAGCGCAGCAAAAAAUUGACAUGUACGAACAACAAGGUUUUGGUAACUUGCCAAUUUGCAUUGCCAAGACGCAGUACUCCUUAUCGCACGACCCGGCGCUAAAGAAUGUUCCUACUGGCUUCAAAUUCCCAAUUAGAGACGUUAGAGCUUCAAUUGGUGCUGGAUACCUGUACGCCUUGGCCGCUGAGAUUCAAACUAUUCCAGGAUUGUCGACCUACGCAGGUUACAUGAACGUUGAAGUGGACGAAGACGGAGAGAUUGAUGGUCUUUUCUAA